UUGAGUUUGAGGGUGGAGAACAGAGCAGCUAACUGUCCGCUCCGCUCCUUUACCGCCAUCCGAUCAUCCCGUUCGAUCAGUUUGAGUCGCCUCGAUCAGCGCUGAUCGGUCCGGAUCGAUGGAUUAGAGGAGGCGCCGCCGCAGAAGACAUGGAGUGUGUGUGGCUGGCCUGUGUGCUGAGUGUGUGUGUCGCAUCUCAUGGCGGACUGGACAGAAGUGACCACGCCCACCUGGACCGGCACCAUCACCUGGUUUCCCACGGCAACGCAGCUGCAGAUCUGUGUGUGAUAGACCCGCAGCUCUGUCAGGAUGAGAACUCCCUCCUGAGCUUUGCGGCGAUCUGCAGCAUCCACCAGAUGAUGGACGACGACGCCGACGGCACGGUGGACAUGACGGAGACAGACGAGUUCCUCAGGGAGGAUCUGAAGUACCACGACCCCAAAGCCAAACACAGCAGCUUCCACCGAGCCGACCUGCACAUCAGCGUGGAGGACAUGUGGAACGCCUGGAAGAGCUCCGAAGUGUAUAACUGGACGCUGGAGCAGGUGGUGGACUGGCUGCACAUCAGCGUCGAGCUUCCUCAGUACGCAGAAGCUUUCAGGAAACACCAGCUCGACGGCAAGGCCCUGCCCAGGCUGGCGGUGAAGAACGCCACACUCACCGUGUCCCUGCUGAAGAUCGUGGACCGAAGCCACGCCCAGAAGCUGCAGCUCAAAGCCCUCGACAUCGUGCUGUUCGGACCGCCGCCAGGGCGACAGAACCGCUUGAAGGACCUGGUUCUGGCCAUGUCCAUCCUCAUGGCACUGGCCGGCUGCUGGUUCGCCUACGUCCAGACACGGAAGUCCAGAGACGACCUGGGGAAGCUGGUGAAGGACCUGGAGGGUCUGCAGAGGGCUGAGCAGAGUCUGCUGGACCUGCAGGAGAAGCUGCAGCAGGCGCAGGAGGAGCAGCGCUGCGUUCAGGUGGAGAAGGUGAAGGUGGAGGAGGAGCUGAGGGGCGAGAUCAACUCGGCCAAGCAGGAGGCUCAGCGGCUCCGCGAGCUCCGAGAGGGAACCGAGAACGAGAGGAGCCGGCAGAAAUACGCCGAGGAGGAGCUGGAGCAGGUCCGCACGGCGCUGAGGAAGGCGGAGAGGGAGCUGGAGUCGAGGGCUCGCUGGGCGCCGCCGGAGGCUCUGCAGAAAUGGCUGCAGCUGACGCAUGAGAUCGAAGUUCAGUACUACAACAUCAAGAAGCAGAGCGCCGAGAGGCAGCUGCUGCAGGCCAGAGAGGGGGCAGAGAAGAUUAAGAAGAAGAGGAGCUCUCUGUUCGGGACGUUUCAUGUGGCUCACAGCUCCUCGCUGGACGACGUCGACCACAAGAUCCUCUCUGCAAAACAGGCCCUGGCCGAGGUGACGGCGGCGCUGAGGGAGAAGCUCCACCGCUGGCAGCAGAUCGAGUCUCUGAGCGGCUUCGGUCUGGUCAACAAUCCGGGUCUGGGAGCGCUGGCCACCGCCCUCAACCUGGACCCGUCCUUCCUGGGCCUGCGACCUCCGACCCCUCAGCACCUGCUGCUCUCGGACGACCUCGACGACAUGGACGAGGACAUCCUGUCUCCUGGGACGCUGCAGUACGCAGCGUGGCAGAUGGACCGGCGAGUCAGCGACCUCUGGCCUCUGGGCGGCAUCGCAGACACCCAGUCACCAUGGAAACAAUCGGCUCAGAGUCUGAUGCCCCUGCGACCGCGGAUGGGUGACCCCGCUCUGGCCUUCAGCUCCCAGAGGGACAUCAUGAACCGCUCUGACUCUGACUCCGCCCUCCCGCUGUCUCACAGCGAAUCACGAGGCCUGUACUACUCCAAGCCCCACCCCUUGUCUUCCAGGCUCCACCCCCUGCAGCCGGGCUCCGGGCUCAUCGGAGGAGGCCUGGAGAAGAGCUCCAGCCUGGUGGAGCUGAGGGGAAGCUCCGCCGCCGUCCUUGCCGCCUCCUGCUCCACCCGCUCCCUCUGCAUCACGUCGGAUGCCACCGACAGACCGGCCGUCUUCUCGUCUUCCGCCUCGUCCAGCUCGUCGGGCAGCGCUCGGGGGACGGGGCUCCAGCCAGCAGCCAGGAGGAGCCCUGCAGAGGAGGACGGAGGCGAGGAGGCCGAGUCGACCAGCAGCCGGAGGAGAAACGCUUUCAAUAGGAUCUUCAAGAAGAAGCAGGGACGUCACUGAACGUCUUCGCUGCUGAAUGAAACCUGCCUUCACCUCAUGACCUCCAUCUUCAGGGCUCAGCGUGCGACCAAAGAUCUGUCAGGUGGACUAAACUCUUCACUGGUCACUGGUGCUCCUGACAUUUAGCAGGUCCGUCAGGUUGAUAAAAUCACCUGGUUUCAGGUAAAUCUGACAUUUGAACACCUGAUUUAGCUGUUUUCAAAGUAAUUAAGCAGUUUACUAAAGCAGUGAGGGAUCAGAAAUGAUAACAGUCACCUUUGCUCGCAAUAAAACCAAAGAAGAGCAACUUCAGGUCUCAAGAAGCAAGUCUCAGAUUAUCCUGAUGAAAAAGAGCAAAACAUUUAUCUGCACCUUUGUUCCUGUUUACAAUCAUUUACUGUUAUAGUAUACGUAAUAUAUAAUAUCUAAUAAGACCCAGAUGACAAUCACGGGUGCACCAGUGCAACCAACGUGAAAACUUAGUCUGAUCCUGCUCAUGUUCAUCACAAAGAUGCCGCUCACAGGGAACAUCAGUUUUUCACGUUUCUGCUUUUAUUCAACCUUUUUGUUUGACCUUUUCUUUGAUCUGUUGAAGAUCAGGUUUGGACUCACUGUGGCAAAAAGGAUGACAAACACCAACGAAGAAGAAAAAGAGGAGAACUGAAGGAGGUUUUCUUCUUGGUCCUCUGAACUCCAAGCUGCUUCCAGCCUUUUUUUUUUUUUUCUUUCUUUUGCUCCUGUCACAUUUUUCUCACUGUUUGCUCAUUUUUCACUGCAGUCUGAAGCUCCAUGGAGACGGAACAACACGAAGAAGGAAAAAGAACUCAGAAAUGUCUUCUGUACUCUUUGACACACUUAUGAUGCCAUAAAACAUUUUUGAAAAUAAAUGUUUACAUUCUUGGAUUACUUAUUUUACAGAAAUUGAAGAAACCUGGAAUCAACAUGUGCAACGUUUCUCCAUGUGCCCACAAUACUAGAAAAAAAAGAAAACCCAGCAGCUCCACAUGCUGUAGAUAUCGGCUUACAUUAUUCAUUUGUCUUUAUACUCGUCAGGUGAAGAGUGUUUUCGUCACAUGACUUUUAGUCACAGCUGGAUCACUCAUGACUUCACAAUAGUGCUGAUGAGUGCAGAAUUUUUUGUCUUUUACAGACUUCUGACAAAUUUUAAACGAGACGUGCAGCAUCAACAGAUUUUUAUGCGAAAAUCUACAUUUUAGGCUUAGUUUUCGUUAAGUUUCCCAAUAAAACAGUACGUCACACACGAGUCGUUUAAGGACGCAAAGCUUUUACACUUUCUGGAGAAUAAAUGGUGCCAUGUUGUUGUUUUUUAAAUGUUUUUUUCUUAAAGUAAUGCCUUUCAGACCCGCCGGCGGGUUUUGGAGUUCGGAGGGUUAAAAGUUGGAAACCUGCAGCAGCUCCAUCAGUCUGACAGAGUGGUACUUUCACUUGCUUGUAUUGUUGUACUUCUCCUACAGUAGAGCUCUACAAAGAAAUACAGACUCUGAAGAUGAAUGAGGUGCAGUUCAGGUGACGAGCACGACAAUCGUCUGUAGAACCCGUUUUCAUUUUUAUUACUUUCAGUGUGUGUGUCAGAGUGUUUUGAUGCUGCGUGACGUCUGGUUAUUUCGUCCCAAAGUCAGAGUGGAGAACAUGUUUUCUGUUUGGUUUUGUUCACCUGCCGAGGAAACGUACAAUUUUAAGAACAAGCAGCAAUGGAGCAGCUGAUGCUGGAGUUUAAAUCAAGUUAUUUACUCGGAGUAAAUGUGUUUAUUUAAAGAAGAGAGCAGCUGCUGCGGGAGGACGUCAUUACCCAGACAGCUAAACAUGGUCUUCUACCAGAAAGAGUCCUGUUUUUAUUUAUACAUCUAAACUGAGCAAUAAACAAGCUGUUUUCAUUGAUUCA